GAACUGAGCAGUGUAUAAUUUAAUAGUAGUGAAGUUUUUUUUUAAUUAUUUUUUUUUUGUAAAAAAGAGUGUUUUUAUAUUUAUUAUUUUUUUAAAUUUCUGUUGUUUUUUUAUAUUGAGUUUAUUAUCUUAUAAACAAUACGACCGCGGACAUUCCAAAAUUAGUUAUGGCGAAUUAUUUAACAAACGAUGAAAAAGCCGAAAUUAAGGAACAAUUUACGAUGAUCGAUUCAAACGGCGACGGCUACAUUGAACUAAAAGAAUUAAAAGAAGCAUUGGACACAUGUGGCUUCAAACUUCCUGGAUGGCAAGUACGACAAAUGAUCGAAGAUUUAAAUGGUAAAAAACAAUCACAAAAUGGCAAAUUAUCUUACAAUGAAUUCGAAACCCUUUGUACACAAUUAAAAGCCAAUGAAGUUGGCAACACAUUCAAACAGGUCGUAUCGAAAAAGGAAAAUUUAGAAACAUUGGGUGGUAUGUCAGAUGCGUCCAGUGAGGGAACAACACAUUCCGUACGAUUAGAGGAACAGCUAGCGUUCUCUGAUUGGAUUAACACAAAUUUAAGUGGCGAUCAAGAUUUAAAGCAUUUGUUACCAAUCGAUAACGAGGGAAAACAAUUGUACGAUAAACUUAAAGAUGGCAUUAUGUUGUGUAAGAUUAUAAACCAUUCGUGUCCGGAUACAAUCGAUGAGCGUGCGAUUAAUAAAAAGAAUUUAACGGUUUAUACGAAACAUGAAAAUUUAACGUUGGCGCUUAUUUCAUCCCAAUCGAUUGGAUGUAAUAUCGUGAAUAUUGAUGCACACGAUUUAGCGAAAGGUAAACCGCAUUUGGUGCUCGGAUUAUUAUGGCAGAUUAUUCGAAUUGGUUUGUUCAAUCAAAUUACAUUGGAGAAUUGUCCUGGUCUGACAACACUGCUUUACGAUCAAGAAAAGAUCGAAGAUUUAAUGAAACUGUCCCCUGAACAGAUACUUUUACGAUGGGUUAACUAUCAUUUGGAGAAGGCUGGUGUUGCACGAAGAUGCAAUAAUUUCCAAUCGGAUAUUGCCGAUUCAGAAGUAUACUCGUAUUUAUUGAAACAACUUGCGUCACAAGAUGAUAAUGUUACUUUGGAAGCGUUGCAAGAACGUGAUUUGAUAUCGCGUGCGGAAAUUAUGUUACAACAAGCGGCUAAAUUGAAUUGUCGAAGUUUUGUAACACCACAAGAUGUUGUACAAGGUGUUUAUAAAUUGAAUUUAGCUUUUGUGGCGAAUUUGUUUAAUAACCAUCCUGGUUUGGAUAAACCUGAAGGUGUUAUCGAAGAUUAUGAUGCAAUUGAAGAGACUCGUGAAGAAAAAACAUACCGUAACUGGAUGAAUUCCAUGGGUGUGGCACCACAUGUGAAUUGGUUAUACUCCGAUUUAACCGAUGGCCUAGUAAUUUUCCAAUUAUACGACAUCAUAAAACCUGGCAUAGUGAACUGGAAUCGUGUACAUAAAAAAUUCUCCAAACUUCGAAAAUUCAUGGAAAAAUUAGAAAAUUGUAAUUAUGCUGUUGAAUUAGGUAAACAAAUUAAAUUUUCUUUAGUCGGUAUUGCCGGUCAAGAUAUAAACGAUGGUAACGCAACACUUACGUUAGCGUUAAUUUGGCAAUUAAUGCGUGCAUAUACCCUAUCAAUUUUAACACAAUUAGCAAAUACCGGUAGUCCAAUGGUGGAGAAAGAAAUCGUUACAUGGGUAAAUAAGAAGUUACAAUCGGCUGGCAAGAAAACAUCGCUAAAAAGUUUCCAAGAUUCCUCAAUUGCUGAUGCUAAAGUAGUUUUAGACUUAAUCGAUGCAAUUAAACCAGGUACAAUUAAUUAUGAUUUAGUUAUCGAUAGUGAGGAUCCAGAGGAUCGUUUAGCAAAUGCUAAAUAUGCUAUUUCCAUGGCACGUAAAACGGGUGCUCGUGUUUAUGCAUUACCUGAAGAUAUCACCGAGGUCAAACCAAAAAUGGUGAUGACUUUAUUCGCAUGCCUAAUGGCUAUGGAUUACAUUCCAAAUAUGGAUAGUAAAGAAAGUUAAGCAGCCAAACGCCCUUUAUGUGCGAUAUAAAGGGGGGAGGGGCCACCCAAUAUACACAUACAUUUUAAGUCGUAAAUUUUACCAAAUUUUAGCGAUAGAUAAUUAUUUUCGAAAAUUUCAAUUCCAUCAGAAAAUUGAUUCACAAAGUGAAUUUUGAGUUUUAUUUUUGAAAUAUUAAAAAAAAAAACAUAUCAAAGCAGUUUGAAACUGUCACGUACUAUGAAGAUCUGAUGGAUCUAAAAAUUUUCACUGUUCAUUUA